AUGAACACAUCAUUUGGCUCCGUAGUGCCUUCCACUAAUUUCGAUUUUUUCAAAGGGCCUGCAAAUAAUGAUAGUACUAGUAACAAUGCUAAUGUUAGCAGCAACAAUUUCUUUUUAAAUGGCAAUGGUACAAAUUCUUCGAAAAAUGUUUUCAUGGUACACUCUGCUCCUCAGGUCAAGUCAGGACAGCCGUCACAAGAUCUCUCACACUCACCUUCCCAUAUGGAAAAUAAACCAGAUCAAAAGAAGAAAUAUAUGACAAGCGAUGAUAAGACAAUUCAGCUUGUAGGCCCUUUAGUUUCCUCCCCUGAUAGUUUAGGAUUCCAGAGAAGAUCACACAAACCAAGAGAAUUACCGAGGUUUUUGAUUAAUCAAGAACCUCAAUUGAAAAAGAGGAUAUUUGUACAAGAUCCCUGGGAUAAGGCUAAUCAAGAAAAAAUGAUCUCAUUGGAAGAAUCCAUAGACGAUCUCAAUGAAUUGUAUGAAACGCUGAAAAAAAUGAGAAAUACCGAGCGUACGAUAAUGGAAGAAAAAGGGUUAGUAGAUAAAGCUGAUUCAGCAAAGGAUCUUUACGAUGCAAUAGUAUUUCAAGGCACCUGUCUAGAUAUGUGUCCCAUUUUUGAAAGAUCAAGAAGAAAUGUUGAAUACACGGUCUAUUCAUAUGAAAAAAAUCAACCAAAUGACAAAAAGGCUUCCAGAACCAGAGCAUUAAAAGUCUUCGCGAGGCCAGCAGCAGCAGCAGCUCCUCCCUUACCCUCUGACGUUAGACCACCGCAUAUUUUAGUCAAGACAUUGGACUAUAUUGUUGAUAACUUAUUAACGACAUUACCUGAAAGUGAAGGGUUCUUAUGGGAUAGGAUGAGAUCCAUAAGGCAAGACUUUACGUAUCAGAACUAUUCAGGGCCUGAAGCGAUUGAUUGUAAUGAGCGUAUUGUGAGGAUACACCUUCUAAUUCUGCAUAUAAUGGUAAAAUCAAAUGUGGAAUUUUCGCUUCAACAGGAACUUGAACAAUUACAUAAGUCCCUGAUUACAUUAUCGGAGAUAUACGACGACGUUCGUUCUAGCGGCGGAACAUGCCCAAAUGAAGCUGAAUUUCGAGCUUAUGCCCUCUUGAGUAAAAUAAGAGACCCCCAAUACGAUGAGAAUAUUCAAAGAUUGCCUGAACAUAUUUUACAAGAUAAAUUGGUUCAAACGGCUUUGUGCUUUAGAAGGAUUAUAUCUAACUCAGCUUAUACUGAACGUGGGUUUGUUAAAACCGAGAAUUGUUUAAACUUUUAUGCAAGAUUUUUCCAAUUAAUGCAAUCACCCAACUUGCCAUUAUUGAUGGGAUUUUUUUUGCAAAUGCAUCUGACAGAAAUUAGGUUUUAUGCGUUGAGAGCUUUAUCACAUACUUUGAACAAAAAGCAUAAACCGAUCCCAUUCCACUAUUUAGAGAAUAUGCUGCUCUUCAAUCAUCGGCAAGAGAUAAUUGAAUUCUGUGAUUAUUACUCAAUUGAAAUCAUAAAUGGAGAUUCAGCAGACUUGAAAACACUACAACAUUAUUCUCACAAAUUACCCGAAACGCAGCCAUUAAAGAAAACAUACUUAAACUGCCUAGAAAGCAGAUUGCAAAAAACUACUUAUGAGAGUUUAAUUAAUUGCGGUAAAGAUCAUUUUGAUUCUUUGAUUAAUGUAAAAUCGGCUCCGGAAACUGACAGGGUACCUUCUACAGUGGGUCAACUUUCUUAUAUGAAAGAUUCUGCUAACAACUUUAACGUAAAGUUGAACCAAAACCAAUCUUUUGAACCGAAGAUUAAUGACUCCCCAAACAGAACUGUCACGCGGCCCAAUGACUUUCCUUUUUCACAGCAAUUUAAGCAAUCCUCCCAAUUAUCUCAAUCUCAAACUUUACCAAUAAAUCCUUUAUUAACUCAGCAGGUUCCGGGAUACUUAUCCGGACAGAAACAUGAACAAAUUAAAACUGUUACAGGUGCAAGUUCCCCACCUCUUUUUAAUGGAUCAUUACCAAAUUCUGAAGUGCAAGCUUCCAAAAUUUAUAUGAAAUCCACAACCAACAAUGGUAUGUAUGACGAAAAAUUCGAGAGUGUGAGUACAGAGCAAGAAGAAAUGAGAAGGAAAGAGAUAGAACAAAUGGAAGAGGAGAAAGCACAAUUGAAAAAAAAAAGGGAAGAUGCUGACAAGCAAAAAAUCACGGAACAAAUAGCAAAUGAGUUGAUAGUGGAAAUAGUAAGCAGUAACGUGACUGAUAUUGUUAAGCAUGAAGUCUCAGAGGUUAAAUAUAGGAAAAUUCUCGUUGACAAGAUGGCCCAUGAACUUUAUGAUGCAUUUCUUCAUGAAAAGUUGUAUCUGAUAUACAUGGAUUCUCGCGCUGACUUGAAAAGGAAUACUGCUUUGAGAAAGCGGUUCUUUGAGAAAUGGCAAGCAUCUUAUUCUCGAGCAAAGGAGAAUCGCAUACUAGAAGAGAAGAAGAGGGAAGAAAUCAAGCUCGUGAGCCACCAAUUAGGAGUACCGGGCCUUAAAAAAUCUACCUGCUUACUGAGAACCCCGUAUAAGGGUAAUGUGAAUUCAUCAUUCAUACUAUCGUCUUCAGAUAAGAAUAUAGUGUUUUCACCUGUAAAUGACGAGUUCAACAAGUUUGCAACUCAUUUAACAAGGGUCUCGAAACUAUGGCAACCGUUGGAUAUGCACUCAAUCUAUUAUGAUAACCUAACGGAGAAGUUUCCCGCUAACUCUCUCACUCCAGCAAAUAUAUUCAUUUAUGCGAAAGAUUGGACAUCGCUCUCAAACCGUUGGAUCUUGAGUAAGUUCAACCUGCGAACUAUGCAGGAUUCAAAAAAUUUCAACAAUAAUAUUAUUUCUAGCAGAAUAAUCUGUAUUAAUGAUGAAUAUGAACCAUCCGAUUUUAGUGAUUUGCAAUUAUUGAUAUUUAAUACAGGUGUUACGAAUCCCGAUAUAUUUGAUUUGGAGAUGAAACUAAAAGAUGACGGUGAAGAACUCAUAAAGUUAAUUACCGGUGUUUCGCUAAAUACAAACAUGUGCUUUUCCCUUUUGAUUAUUUAUUGGGAAUCCGCAGAAAAUACAUUAUCGGAAACUACCAUCAAGCAAUCGCUGAAAUUAAACCGGAUAUCUAAAAACUAUAGUAGUGUUGUUGAACGUAUCGAUUUAAUGAAUCUCACUGAAGAAUCCCCUCAUAAGUGUUUGGAAGACAAAUUAUACGAAAUAUCACAAUCUUAUGUGUACAAGUUGACAGAAAGGGGAAAAUAUGAUAAAACGCUCCGUCAGAAAAGAUCAUUGGCUGGCAUUCACUCACGUAACACUCAAUUACAAACUACAAAGGACAUUGAUCAAAAGAUGAAGAAAAUGCUGGAAAAAGAGAAAAACAAAUACCAACAACGAAUGGGCGAAAGGAACACCUACGCGCACCUAGAAUCGCAUAUAGCCGCAUCACCAAGAAUCAAGAAAAGAAAGCUGCCAAUACUUCUGUCAACUUCCCAUUCGAGCCAAUUUAAAACCCCUUUAGCUUCUAGACCAAAUACAUCUGGUACAUCUACCUCACCACCACUACCAUCUCAUCUGGCAAUGAAAUUCAGAAAAAAUUCAAGAGUUACUAGUUUACAUACCGUAUUGCCCGUUAGCACACCAAGCCAUAGUAACAAUUUGCCAGCCUCAAGUUUUAGUGGGAAUAACACUACGGAUAUACAAUCCCAACAAUUAAUUAAAAGUCAGAGGAGUACAUCUGGGUAUUCAAAAAAUGUUUUUGAAAGAGUCCCAGGAAAUCAGGAAAUAUGUAAAACACCAUUUAACCCUGUAACUCCAGUGUUAGAUGGAGCCGAUCAAGGUAAGGAGGACAUUCCUGAUAGUAUAUUAGAACUCAAGGUUCUGAUUGAUUCUGUAAAGAAAAAAGUAAAUAAUGAUUAA